AUGGCGGCGGCGAGGCUUCGUCUCCUUCCUCCCUCUCUCUCUCGUGGCGCUCUCCGCCGCGUCCACUCCGCCGUAGGCGGCGGCAGCGCCGUGUUAUGCCGCCGCGCACGCGCGGAGGUGUCGCCGGCGGGCGGGAAGAGGUCCCUCCUUCAGGUGAAGCGGAGAACGCGCUCCGAUUCGGAGUUCGAUCUGGAGGCGUACUCGCAGAACCUUGCCGAGCAGAGCGCGCGGGCGGUGGAGAAGGGGGAAAUUAGGACAGAUUUUGAAGGAGUGGUGGCGCAUGUGCCUGUGAUGCUCGGAGAGGUCCUUCAGGUGUUCCACCGGCGGCGCCUCCGCUCCUUCGUGGACUGCACCGUCGGCGCCGGUGGCCACUCAUCCGCCGUAUGCGCCCACUUUCCUCGCUUUCCUCCACCGCUCCCUUCCUGCUGAUUUCUGAAUGGCUGAAACAUCAUGGAUCAGAUAAUUAGGGCGCAUCCAGAUCUGCAGUUCUACCUCGGACUGGACGUCGACACGACGGCACUAGAGACGGCGCGGGAUCGGAUCGAUGCCGCCAUUGAGGACGCGCGCUGCGCCUCGGAGAUGGAGCAUUCCCGCCUCGAGGCGCAUCUUCGCCACGGGAAUUUCAGGUCCCUGAAAUCGAUCCUCGGUGGCAUCGAGGGCUGCACCUAUCCCCUCGACGGCAUUCUGAUGGAUUUGGGCAUGUCGUCGAUGCAGGUACAAUCUAAUCUCCAUUUUUUUUCAUGGCAAUUGCUCGAACUUGUGGAAUGUUUUGAUCAAUUGGAAGAUCGAAGAACACUGUGCUUAUGGUUUACUCCCCCGAACCUCCCUCCCAGCCUCUCCAGGAAUCAAAUUAUGGGGGAAAUGCCUUCUGUAGAACUGAAGUUGAUGCUGUCCUGUACAGGUGAACAAUCCCAGGAGAGGUUUCAGCGUGCUUGGCGAUGGACCUCUGGAUAUGAGGAUGAACCCUCAGGUGAGAGGCUACUGCAUAAGCUUCCUGAGAGGGCAUUCAAGAAAUCCAACACAUACGAUGACCAGAUUUUUUUCUUUUUCUUUGCUUUGAAUCGAGUUCCAUUAAUGAGCUUGCAUUGAUUAAUUGGCCAGACUCAUUGCAGGCUGCAUUGAAAGCAGAAGACAUCUUAAAUUCUUGGCCAGAAGCUGAGGUGGGACGCGUUCUGAAAGAAUAUGGAGAGGAAAGCAACUGGCGCUUGCUUCAGAAGAAGAUCAUGAGUGCCCGUCUGCAUGGAGGCCUUCACUCCACGAAAGAGCUCGCAGAUCUCGUGCGUUCUACAUCCCCCAAGUCCAAAGGUAGUUCUUCAAUCAUCUUGAACCUUCAGUCUUGUGUUGCUUUGCGCACACAUCAUGCCGUGCCGUCUUGUGCCUUUCUGCAGUGCGUGGUCCCUCUAGAUGAACUUAUUGGGUUCAUGAUUCUAGCAUAUUGCCUAUCCAUUGAUCGGAAAUUACAUCUGAAUAUACUUUUUAAUCUAAGAAUCUCUCUCAGUUCUUGAUUGAUCUUGGCCCCUUGGGUCUUCCCUCCCUCUCGGUAGGCUAUUUAUUUUAUUUGGUUCAGAAUUGAUCUCAUAGUACAUCUCAAAUAUUCAAAAUUGUGUCAAAUGUUUGAUUCAUUAGAAGGAUCUCCGCUAGUUCUUCAAUUAUCCCAAAUAUUUGGUUCAUGAUUCUAUCAUAUUACCCACCCAUUGAUCGGAAAUUACAUUUUAAAAAUGCUGUUCAAUCUAGGGAUCUCUCUCAGUUCUUCAUUGAUCUUACACGAAUCUUUUCCUGGUCCAUAAUUGAUCAAAAUUAUAUCGAAUAUUGAUGCAUUAAGAUAGCCUAUUCGAGUUAUUUCAUUCAGAAUUUUGCCAUAAAACCUGUCCGAUCAUCAGAAAUUCUUGAUCUAGGGAGGCAGGGUUGGAUCAAGACGGCCACGCGGGUCUUCCAAGCGUUGAGGAUAGCAGUCAACGAUGAGCUCAGAACCCUAGAAGACGCCCUCUAUGGGUCCUUUGAGUGCCUCUCCUCCGGCGGCCGCCUAGCCGUCAUAUCUUUCCACAGUUUAGAGGACAGAAUCGUGAAGCAGACCUUCCUCAGCAUCAUCAACAAGGAGGAGGGGGUGAAAUCUUCUGCAGAAGAAGUUGCAGAGAACUGGAGCAAGGCGAGAGUAGUGGGCAAGGAGGGGAUCAUCCUAACCAAGAGGCCGAUCACGCCCACGGAGGAGGAAGAGAAGCUGAACGUCAGAUGUAGAAGCGCCAAGCUGAGAGUGAUUCAGAAGAUCUGA